UCGAGCGGGUGGAGACUGCUACACAUUUAAAUCCCCCGGGUCGGUUUUUACAGCUUUUAGCAACAAAUAACUUUUCCUUUUUUUAUUUUCUUUCUACUGUUGGAUUCCUUUAGAGCUGGUUUAAUGUCGUAAAUGACAGGUCUGUAAGGGCGUCGUUGUUGGGAAGUUUUUCGAGGGGGGGUUUGACCAGCGAAGGGCCAUGGCAGUCGAGGCUCGGCCGGAGCUGGUCGGGAAGCGGUUCCUCUGUGUCAGCGGGGACGAGCCGCCUGAAAUCGGCGACAUCGGUCGGUGGCUCUGGAGGUCCGGUGUCAUACGCGCAGUCAACCAUCGUGACAACGACACCACUGACCUGACGGUAUACGUGGAGUUUGACGACCAGGAGUGGGAGAACCGAGAGUGGGUGAAGGUCUAUGAGGAUUUCCAGCUGUUUCUGCUGGAGCACCAGCUGGUCUGGGCCAAGAGGAAGGAGGGAGCAGGAGGAGGUGGAGCAGGAGCAGGUGGAGGAGCAGGAGGCCUGCUGCAGGGAAACAAGGCCAAACACAUACAGUGGCCUGCCCUGGCGUUUAAGCCAGUGGUGGGGAAGAGCCUGCUGUCGUCAGUAACUGCAGUGGAAUUCUUGUUAGACCGACAGCUGGACUUCCUGUCUGACCAUUCAGCCUACCAACAAUACCAGGAUGAGGUGGACAGUGUUAACCCAGUGUUAAGAGACAACCCUCAGCUCCAUGAAGAAGUGAAGGGUUGGCUCAAAGACCAGAAAGUGCAGGAAAUUUUUAUGCAAGGUCCAUAUUCCUUGAAUGGCUACCGUGUGCGUGUGUACAGACAAGACUCGGCCACCCAGUGGUUCACUGGCAUCAUUACACACCACGACCUCUUCAGUCGAAACAUGGUCGUUAUGAAUGACCAGGUGCUAGAGCCUCAGAAUGUGGAUCCAUCCAUGAUCCAGAUGACCUUUCUGGAUGACGUAGUUCACUCCCUGCUGAAAGGAGAAAACAUCGGCAUCACCUCUAGACGAAGGUCACGCUCCAGCCAGAACAAUAACUCCGCCCAUAUGGCGGGAGGGAGACCCGGCGGGACCACUGGCAACACUCAGAGUCAUUACACGCGAGCCCAAGCCAACAGCCCACGCCCCAUCAUGACCUCAUCAGGACCCAACCCAAAGGGUUCCCAGGGGACACUGGCCUCCCAGCAGCAGAGCCAAUCACAGCAAAGCCAGCAACCAGCCAGCCUAUCACACCACUCGCCUGGCGGCAGUGGGCGGGAGCAGAGAGAGCAGCGCAACUCUCGCUCCUCCAGGAGAAAAGGAUCAGACAGCAGCGUUCCAGAGGAGGAAAAGGACAGGAGAGAAGAGGUCACAGGGAGAGACGCCAAGGCCAAGACCAAGCAGGCAGUGAACAAACGCAGGAAGGGCGAGGAGGAUGAGAAGAAGGCCGGUCUAAAGAGGCUGAAGACUGACAUGACGUCUGAUCUGUCAGAGAGCAGCGACUCUGAAAAUCCGCACAACAAGAGGACUCCCCACUCCUCGUACUCCUCUUCCUCCUCCUCCUCCUCCUCUUCUUCCUCAUCCUCCUCCUCGUCCUCCUCAGAGCCCAACUCUGAGAACGAGCUAAAGACUCGCAGCAGCGACGUGAAACCCGGUGCUGUUUCCAAAAUGGAGGAAGAUGAGAAGCCGCUGAUGCAGGGCGCCAAAAUCAACGAUUCCUCCGCUGUAAUUGGUCGCCUCUCCCCGUGGGCGGAGCUUCAAGCUACAGAGGACAGCAAGAAGGGUGUUGUUAAGGAAACAGGCAAAAUGAUAACAAAGGAGGAGGAGGAAUUGGUGGCGGUAACACAGAUCACCCAAUCUCCACGGCAACAGACACCUCUGAUGCCUGAAACCAUCCAGAGCAGCAUCAUAGAGAGCAGCAAGAACACUGUGAAAGCCUCAUCUCGAUCCCAGACGCCGUCAUUGUCCCACGUCCACAGCAGCGGCGUGAUCGACAUCACAGAGGAGGCCCAGGCCACGGUGCACCGGGAGAGUUCAGAGGCUGUGUCAGCACUGCUCGCCUCCCAGAAGGCAGAGUCCACGGCCCUCUCUCCUUACCUCCCCCUCAAUCCCUCCCCCGUCUCCUCGCCUCCCGUCCCUCCAUCUCCCUCACCAUCAGAAGGAGGCCGCAGGACUGAUGUGGAGCCUCCCAUUCAACAGCAACAGCAGCAGCAACAACAGCAACAACAGCAACAACAGCAGCAACAGGGCAUUAUAGGAGGUGGCAUUACAGCAGCCAGGAGCUUAAGCAACAAGAUAGAGUUUGCUCCCUCUGAGGUCAUCAGGCCUGUCACUUCAAUAGCUGAUAGCGUGGUGCAGGUGAUUAAGGAGAAAACAGUCCUUCCUCAUCAUCUUCUUCAUCACCAGCAGCAGCAGCAGCAUCAGCAGCACACACAACAGCAGCAACACUACACAUCUGUCCACCCCAACAUCAAGAGCCCGUCUUUAUCCGAAGAGACGAGAAAACACCCACAGCAGCAGCUGCCCCCCCACAAGAUGAACACAGUCCUCCCCACUGACUUAGCCAAAUCCAAAAUGAGCCCCAACCCAAACCCCAACCCAGCUCAGUUCGACUCCCUGAAACAGAAACCCCAGCACCCCAACAACUCUCAGAGCCAUCCCUACCCCAACACAAACCCAGCCGACCUCCUCAAGGCUAAGCCCCACCCGGGCCUGCUGGACAUAUCCAAACCUAAACCCAACACCUCACCAGAGGUUUCUAAACAUAAAAUACCGAGGUACUCCGAUACUUCCCCACCUCCGACGGGCCGUCUGUCCGCUAAAGCAGAGCCAGUAGAACCUCUUCGGUCUGGUUUUAAGCCGGUGCCGGCGAGGUCGGAGUCAGGUGGAGGCAUCACGAGCAGCAUCACCAAGAGCCCGCUCAUCAUCGACAAGAACGAGACCUUCACCGUUUACAGGGACCCAGCUCUGGUCCGCUCAGACGCAGAGAACUCCGUCUCAGCCACAGUUUCCUCUAACCACGUGGCAGCCUAUCUACACCCCCACCUGCACACGCUCCACUCCCCCUCCCCCCACUCUCCCUGCCUCACCCCAGCAUCCCACCCCCAUGCCUCUCACCUCCUUGCCUCUCCUCACACCUCUGCCCUACCUCACCCGCACCUCUUACCCCCCGGGGUGCUCCAGGCCAUGCCUCCUCCUGCAGCAUCUCUCCUCGGGGGCCACCCCCGGCUCGACUCCCCCGGAGGGUUAGGCCACCUCGCCCUGCCUCACCCAGCAGCCGCACACCAGCAGCAGUUCCUCCAGGGUCAGGGGCCCCAUCCGCCCUCUCUGCUAGCCCAGGCUCACAGCGGGGCAGCAGGACUGGGCCUGUACCCCAUUCUCUGGCAGUACCCCAACGGAACACCCAGCUCCUACCCCCCUGGACUUAACCUGCCCCCCACAGCUAAAUGGGUCCACCCUGAAAAUCCCGUCAAUUCUGAGGCCUCUCUCAGGAGGAAUACAGGCAGUCCAUGGCUGCACCAGGCUGCUGGUAGUGCUGGUGACAGUCUGGGUUUGCUGAGCCACGUUCCUGUCCGGCCGGCCAGCGCCGACGCCCACCGCCCCCCUGUCAAGAUGAACACACACGCAAGCCCCCCACUGUCAAAGGCCAGCAUGGAUAUUCAUAAAGAAGAAAUGGAUAAGAAAGGCUUUGUUGACCCCAUCAGGACGCUGACGUUGGCUCAGUUGAAACAGGAGCAGACGGACAGGAGUAGGACCCCCACAGGGAAAGACGUCCACCUACACCGCCUCUACUUAGACCCCCACAGCAAGGCACGCAUGGCAAACGCGCAGGAUGCAGUUCAGGCAGCAGACAGAGCCAGUAAAUACAAAGAGGAGAAUCGGCAAAUCCUGAAGGAGAGCAUCGAGGUGGCUCCCUUCACCGCUAAAAUCCAGCGCUCCAGUGAUCCCAUCAUGGACAGGGACAGAGAGAGAUGUCGAGAUCCUGCCUUCCCUGUACGGAUACCAGCUCUCGCCUCCCCUAGCCCCAAGGCAGGCCACACCCACCCCCAUGUUAUCCCAUCAGAAAAGAGCAACUACUUCACCACUCUUUCCAACAGUGUGGUAAACGAGCCCCCUAGACUGUACCCCUCCAAGGAGCUCAGCUCUUACUAUGAGAAAGUAUCUGCAGCAGGGGUCGUGGCCAGUGUUGGAGCUGCCGUGCCAAGCCAGGGUCCUCUCUCCCUGGGCAACUACAGCUCCAAAGCCUCCCUCUCCAAGCCCCCUCCUCUCAUCAAGCACCAGCCAGAGGGAGGGGAGGGUUUAGCGGGGAAGAUCACAGAGCAGCUCAACCAGCAGGUCACACUAGUCCAGCAGCAUCAGCACCACACAGGUAUGGACAGGAUAGAUCGUCGCAGCCCUGCCAUUUCUCCUUCCCCCUCCUCUAUAUCCUCCUCUUCCUCAGCAGCCCCCAACCACCACCCCCAUCACCAGCAUCAUCACCACCACCCCCACCCCCACCACCACCACCACCACCACCAACAGCAGCAGCAGCAGCAGCAACAUCACCUCAGGGCAAUGCCUUCUCUUCACCGAGCGCCUGUCUUCCAUCCGCCCACUCAACACGCGCUGGAACGCAAAGAGGCUGCGGAGCGAGAGAAGGAGAGGGAGAGGGAGAGAGAGAGAGCGGGUUAUGGACGCCUGUCUCCACCAACCCUCACACCCAUACAGCCAGUAAGCUUAGCAGCAGCCGGUAGUAAGACAUCAGCGGAGCAGCAGAAGCCCCCGACACUACUACCAGAACUCAGGGACGUCAAAGGCCAUGGAAACGCUGCUGCUGCCGCCGCCUCUGUAGCCUCAGCUAUCAGCGGGGAGAUUAUGACUUCAUCAGAUGGGUGGAGAGGCGGAGAAAUGAUUCAGGAAAGAGGAAGCUUGUUCUGUGGAGAGAAAGGAGUGACGAGGGUUAAGCCCCAGGCCGCGAUGGCAUCGGUCAUUGUGCGUCCAUCGACAUCCAUUAAGUAUGACAGCCCUGUUGGUGCUAACAAAUCUGGUGCUAUCAUCCAUAAAGACCUCCUGCAGGGGAGGUUCUACCCAGCCAAGCUUCAGGGGGAAUGUCUCAGAGUAGGCGAUGGUGUUCGAGAGCUUGGAGCCGGUAGAGUUAUCCAACCCAACUCUAACCUGGAUGACAUGUGUCUCCAGUAUAAAAAGACUUCUAUGCGUGGCAUGCAGGGAAUUAUAGGAGCCAGUACCACAAACUCUGUGUACAGGACUGCUGUGUCCUCAGCUUUUGGCAUGCAGUGUAAAAGCGGGGUUGUCACCCCUGAGCUGGGCUACUCGCUCUCACCUCGGGGUGAGUUUUCAACCCAUAAAACUGGCAUUGUUAGCCGGGUGCUGAGCCACUCAGGAUCAGGAGAGCACCAGGAAGGCUUAGGGUCACGUACCACAUCUCCAGCGGGGUCUUUGCCUCCCCCUAGUCCAGCAGGGACACCCCAACCCAGCCCAAGCCUCACCCCAACACCUUGCUCCAUUUCUGGCUCCAGUCAGCCUUACUCCCCCUCUUUUGUUCACCUCAAGAAGCACAAAGCUGCCUUGGCCGCAGCCCAGUCCAGAAGCAACUUUCCCACUGCUCCCACAUCCGUCACAACUGGAAACUCCCUAACUGUAGAUCCAGUGGACAAAAGUCCCAUUCAAAGCUCCCCUCCUCCACCCUCUUCCAGCCAAGCCUCCACAUCGUCGGUGGACAGCAGUAGUAACAGCUCAACAAGCGGCAGGACAACACCGGGCAAGUCCAGUCCUCUACCAAAUGGCCAGUCCUCUGGACCUGCCUCGACUAGCAGUGGGCAGCCCAGUAACUACCACAAGCUGAAGAAAGCUUGGCUCACCCGGCACUCAGAGGAGGACAAGAACACAACUGCUACUACAAGCUCCACUAGCACUAAACCAGAGAAGUUACCCAGCACCACCAUCACCACCACCACCACCACCAUUAGUAACACAAGUAACACCACAGCCAUGUCUGAGAUGAUCAAACCCUGCACAGUCAAUCUCAGCGCCUCCACAUCCAGCGAGGUGGAGCUCAGCAAAGAAAUGGGAAACAAAGCGGAGAGAGAGAGGCAGCAAGAGGAGAAGAUGGGAGGAUCAGCGGGAGGGGAGGACAGGAAAGCAGCUCCAGCGUUGAGGCGAGGGAACAAACGGAUAUACGAGUCCGGUUCAGAGAGCGGCGGAGACGACUCUGACACCAGCGAGAGCAAGAUGGAGGGCCGAGCCAAGCGUCAGCCUAAACCGACCUACAAGAAAAAACAGAACGACAUGGCCAAGAAGAAAGGAGACAAUGAUAAGGAUGAAGAUGAGUUGAAGCCCAACGGCAUCUUCAGAUCAGCCCGAGAGAAGACCAAACUCAAACUGGCCAGCAGCAAUGGGAUCCCUCGCUCUGUCCUGAAGGACUGGAGGAAGGUGAAGAAGCUGAAGCAGACAGGGGAGUCUUUCCUGCAGGAUGACUCAUGCUCAGAAAUUGGACCUAACCUGCAGAAGUGCCGUGAAUGCAGGGUGGUCCGCAGCAAGAAGGGCGAGGAGCCGGCCCACUCUCCCGUCUUCUGUCGCUUCUACUAUUUCAGACGGCUUUCCUACAGUAAAAAUGGAGUGAUCCGUAUGGAUGGCUUCUCCACUCCGGAUCAGUUUGAUGAUGAGGCCCUGUCUCUGUGGGUACCCGGGGCAUUAGAUGAGAGCCACCUGGACCACACCACAGCCAAGUACAUCCUCAGCUUCAUUGGAGACAAGUUCUGUCAGAUGGUUGUGACAGAGAAUAAUGCAGCCACCUGGGUCAAAAAGGAUGCCAAGCUGGUAUGGAAGCGAGCGGUGAGGGGGGUGAGGGAGAUGUGCGACGCCUGCGAGGCAACGCUCUUCAACAUCCACUGGGUCUGUCAGAAAUGUGGCUUUGUUGUCUGUCUGGACUGCUACAAGGCCAAGGAGAGAAGGAGCUCAAAAGAUAAAGAACUAUAUGGCUGGCUGAAGUGUGUGAAAGGUCCCCACGAUCACAAACACCUGAUGCCAACACAGAUCAUUCCUGGCACAGUGCUGACUGAGUUGGUGUCUUCCAUGCACUCACUGAGGGAAAAACACAACAUCAAAUCUCACUGUCCCUGCACCAGCAAACAGAACCUCCUCAACAAGCUGCCAGUCACCAACGGAGUUUCACAGGUACUGCAGAAUGUUCUGAACCACAGCAACAAACUGUCUCUGGUGAAACCUGAGCCGGUGUCCCAGCAGCAGAACUCUGAUCAGGGAGGAACCAAGGCAGAGACUAACGGAGGAGGAGGAGGAGGAAGCAGCCCAGGCAGCGACGCAGGAAGUGCUCCUGUCACCCCACCAGAGUCCCAAUCACCUCUGCACUUCCUGGCUGACCUGGCAGAGCAGAAAUCCAGAGAAGAAAAGAAAGAAAACAAAGAGUCAGUGCUGCAGGGUAAAUCUGUGAAGGAAGAGAAGGAGGUGGACAGCCUGGAGGUCCUGCAGCAGUGUAAAACUACAUCACUGGUGCCUAACAGCACAGAGCAGGGCUCCACACUCAGAGAUCUGCUCACCACCACUGCAGGGAAGCUGAAGCUGGGCUCUACUGACGCAGGAAUCGCCUUCGCACCAGUCUACUCUACUGCUUCACAGACAAAAGGUGGUCGAACCAUGCCCAACAUCCUUGAUGACAUCAUUGCUUCUGUUGUGGAGAAUAAGAUCCCUGCCAGUCGCCAGAGCAUCACCAACAAGCUGUCAAUCAAACAAGAGCCGGUCACCCUGGGCAACAUCAACAACAUCAACAACCCCGCCCCUGCUGUUACUGAGGACACCAAACCAGACAGGAAGAAGUCAGGGCCUGUAACUGCAAUGGUGCCAGAGGAAUCAACCAAUCAGUAUCCAGACAUUCCCCACUGCUGGUUAAACAACAGAGAGUUGCUGUGGCUCAAAGAUCACCGCAACCAGAACAACUGGAAGCUGUUCAGAGAGUGCUGGAGACAGGGACAGCCUGUGUUGGUGUCAGGAAUCCAUAAGCGGCUCAACGCCAGUCUGUGGAAGGCUGACUCCUUCAACCAGGAGUUUGCAGACCAUCAGGGAGACCUCCUCAACUGUAAAGACCAGGUGGUGUCCAACUCCGGGAUCAAGGAGUUCUGGGAUGGAUUUGAGGACAUCACCAAGCGGCCCAAGUCCAAGGAUGGAGAACCUAUGGUGUACAGGCUGAAGGACUGGCCGUCUGGAGAGGAGUUCAUGGCCCUCAUGCCUUCAAGGUAUGAUGACUUGAUGAAGAACCUGCCCCUGCCAGAGUACUCUGAUCCAGAGGGCAACCUCAACUUGGCCUCUCAUCUGCCAUCUUUCUUCGUCAGGCCAGAUUUGGGGCCGAGACUCUGCUGUGCCUACGGUGUGGCUGCAUCUCAGGACCAGGACUUUGGCACUGCCAACCUCCAUGUGGAGGUCUCAGAUGUUGUCUCUGUUCUAGUCUAUGUUGGAGUAGCCAAAGGCAAUGGAGUCCUGUCCAAAACUGGAGUGUUGAAGCGUCUGGAGGAGGAGGAUCUAGAUGAGGGGGUUCGGAGGAGGCUGAAGGACUCCAGUGAGACACCAGGAGCGCUGUGGCACAUCUACCUCAACAGAGACAUGGACAAAGUCCGAGACUUCCUGCACAAGCUCUGUAAGGAGCACGGAUUGGACGUGACAUUAGACCAGGACCCAAUCAGAGAGCAGGGCUGGUACCUGAGCAGGAAGCAGCGUCAGCAGCUGCUGGAUGAGUACGGGGUGCAGGGCUGGACCAUAGUUCAAUUCCUGGGAGACUCUGUCCUAAUACCAGCAGGGGCCAUGCACCAGGUCCAGAACCUCCACAGCUGUGUUCAGGUCAUCAAUGACUUUGUGUCUCCUGAGCAUGUGGCCAACUCCUUCAACCUGACCCAGGAGCUCAGACCCAACAGAGAGGAAGUCAACUACGAGGAUAAACUACAGGUGAAGAACAUCCUGUAUCAUUGUGUGAAGGAGGCGGUGAGCUCCCUGAAGAGGAGCGCCACCGACGAAGAUGACGAGGAAGAGAACUCAUGACGGUGCCUCCACCUCGUCCACACCGUCCACACCGUCCACAGAGGGACACAGCUCCCAUCAGCCCCCCUGCCCUCGCCUUUAACCCAGGUGGUCAGGUCAGAGCUGGUCAUGUGACCCAGAGGACCUCACGGUGUGAACUGAUCACGUAUCCAGGUGGCCAGCACCAAGAGGCACACCCAACAUUAUCAUCAUCAUCAUCAUCAAACCCCCCCCCCCCCUCAAACCUUCAGUGCCAAGAGGAGAGGAGGGCCAGGCUGGACUGACUGCUUAAAGCCACUAACUGACUGCUUUAGUGUGACUGCUGAGAUGAAGUCGACUGUCCUGGAAGCUGAAGUGCACAGGUUUGAUGAUGGAGACACUGAGCCCCCUCCACCCCCCCCCCCCCACCCCACUCCUCCUUCCCACCCCUGCUGCUCUCACUGUCACCUGCUGUGGAUUGAAAGGAUGAGCAGGUUCAGUCCUCGUCUGUAGCAGCAGCCCCCACACACACACACACGCACACGUCUUGGACAGAAGAUUUUUUGCUGAUCGCGACCGCAUCACCAGCAGCAAACAGCAUCUCUGAUGUUUAAAAAAAAUGAAACCCAGAAAAAAAAAAAGAUUUGAGGGAAAAAUGCAAAAAUAAAUGGCAGAUGUUUCAGUCAGCAGAUGACGAGUUCUGCAGCUCCCUCGUUUGCUCCUUCUGUAAUUUGUCUGUUCUCGUCCUUCUUUUCUAGUUCUGUCUGUUGCUGUUUUGUUCAUUUUCUUUUUCAUACGAACAAAUUGUUUUAUUUCCUCUGUGAAGAUGUAUUUAUUUUAUAACUAUGAAAAUGAGAUGUUAUUGAGACAAAAAAAGCAUUAAUGUAAAUGUGACUUGUACAGUUUUUUUUCUUUUUCGUUUUUUUUUGCUAUGUGGUUUUCAGUUGUAAUACGGCUCUACUGUGAUGGAGGACACACACACGCGCACACACACACACACACACAGACACACACACAGAGACACAGAGACACACACACACACACACACACACACACACACACACACACACACACACACACACACACACACACACACACCAGCUAAUGCCUGUAACUUUGGGAAAUGUUGAGCUACAGUCCUCAUGCCAUAAAUACAUUUUUUGAAGAUGAACUGCCAAACUAUUGUAAAGACUGUAUUUUGUAUUGUAUAAGACUGUAAAGUUGUAUUAUGUAAAGAAAAAACAAAAAUGGCUUAUACACUUCAACAUUUUAUGACAAAAAGUAUUCGCUGUAAAAUUGAGACAUUUACAAAAAAAAGAUGUAAUUUAUUUAAGAAAAUAAUUAAUUGUCUUGUUUUUUUUGUUUUGUUAAGAUUUACUAUGGUGAACUUUUGAAGUUAAAAGAUAAAAUAAUGAAAAACUUAACUAUAAUGUGUACAUAUAUACAUAUAUACAUUCACUGAGGUAUUUUUUUAAAACAUGGCUUGCUUCAAUUUCAAAUUUUAAAGUGCAAGUGUUACAUGCUUUGUACAUUGAAGUUCAAAAGGGUUUUACAUUUUCCAU